AGUACAACGUCCUCGUCCCUGGGGUCUGCUUCACUACUCUGAAUAAGAAGCAGACAACCAGCUGAAUACAGGAGGACUUGCUGAUUGGCCGUGCGGCUUACAGCAGGCGUGGUUAGGCUCUGAACUCAGAGCAGCGCUUUGGAGUUGAGGGGGUUCUUAUGGAUGGCCGAGAGAAAUCAGCCGAGUUGGCACCGACCCCUCAGCCUACACCGAGCUCUCCAACGCGCCACGAAUAACCGCAGAUCGCGCUUUCAGGCCUGACACGGAUUCACGGAGUCACUUUGCCAUGAGGCCAGAGCGCGCGGCAGGAUCGGCUUUGCAGAAGAGAGACCAGAAUCCCAUGAGCCGCUGCUGACAAGACUGGAGAGGGAGAGCAGAGAGCCGGUGGUGGGGAGGAGGAGGAGGAGGCUGCGGCUUCUGCUUCCCGGAGAAAAACCAUGCCGCUGGCAAUCUGGCUGCUGGGACUCAUGUGUCACCUUGCCGGACUCGCCUGGAGCUUGCGCAUGGACCCAAAACAAGAAAGUUUCGUAAGGCAGCUGCACGCGUACGAAAUAGUGACGCCGGUUCGUGUGAACGAUUUCGGGGAUUUGUUCCCGCAGCAGCUUCACUACCGGCGCCGGCGGAGGAGCGCGGACUCGGACCUGGCGGCGGCGCUGCGCGCGCACUACCGCAUCGAGGCGUUCGGUGAGCGUUUCCACCUGAACCUGAGCGCCGACGCGGCCUUCAUCGCGCCCUCAUACGCAGUCACGCACCUGGGCGCGCCGCACAGCCGGGGCCACGACACAGAGGACAUGCGACACUGUUUCUUCCAAGGACACGUCAAUGGACAACACCAGCACCGUGCCGUCUUCAGCUUGUGCACCGGCCUCAUUGGUACGUUUACAACCCACAGCGGAGAAUACUUCCUAGAACCAUUAAUGGCAGCUGAUGAUGAGGAGUAUGAAGAAGAACACAACAAACCUCAUCUGGUAUACAAACACGAGAGGAAGGAGACGCGUGACGGCGACGGGUCCGAGGCUUGCGCAUCUUCAGAUAACAUGAAAGACCAUUUCCAUAGCAAUGGAAGUCUUGAAGAAGAGGUUAAGUCAGUAUGGGAAACUAUGGACAAACAUUUGCCCAGGAUGCAACAAUCAACCUCUAAAAAUCAUUCCAGUGGCAGCCGGAGAAAACGUUUCCUGUCUUAUCCACGCUUCGUAGAGCUGAUGGUCACGGCAGACGCCAAGAUGGUGCGACACCAUGGACGCAACUUGGAGCACUACAUUCUAACAAUCAUGUCAGUAGUAGCUGCAGUUUACAAAGAUCCAAGUGUUGGAAAUCUCAUCAAUAUCAUGAUUGUCAAACUGAUCGUUAUUCACAACGAGCAGGAAGGGCCGAAUGUGAACCGCUAUGCUGCUGCGACGCUACACAACUUUUGUGUGUGGCAACAAAGUCAGAAUGUUCUAGAUGACAGUCAUCCAUCUCAUCAUGACACUGCUCUGCUCAUCACGAGGGAAGACAUCUGUCGGGAAAAAGACAAAUGUGACACAUUAGGCCUGGCAGAACUGGGUACAAUGUGUGACCCAUACCGGAGCUGCUCCAUCAGUGAAGAGAACGGUCUGAGCUCCUCCUUCACCAUUGCCCACGAGCUGGGCCAUGUCUUCAAUAUGCCUCAUGACAACCACCCAAAGUGCCGGGAAGCAGGAAUGAAGCAUCAGUAUCAUGUCAUGGCCCCGACUCUGAACUAUGACACCAGCCCAUGGUCCUGGUCCAAAUGCAGCCAGAAAUACAUCACUGAAUUUCUAGAUACUGGUUAUGGGGAGUGUUUGUUGGAUGAACCAGUUGGGAGGUCCUACGAUCUCCCUGUCAAGCUCCCGGGUCAAAUCUACAACGCUAAUCGUCAGUGCGAGCUCAUGUUUGGACCAGGAUCCCAAGUCUGCCCGUUCAUGAGGCAAUGUAAGAGGCUCUGGUGCACCAGCUCUGAAGGAGACCAUAAAGGCUGCCGCACACAGCACAUGCCCUUGGCUGAUGGAACUGAAUGUGGACAUGGGAUGCACUGUAGACACGGCAUGUGUGUGCAUAGAGAGAUGGAGGCAAGGCCAGUGCAUGGCGAGUGGGGACCGUGGGGACCCUACAGUGUGUGUUCCAGGACCUGUGGUGGUGGUACACGCAGCACGUCCAGAGACUGCAACAGACCUGAGCCGAGGAACGGCGGACGCUUUUGCGUCGGACGUCGCAUGAAGUUCCGGUCCUGUAACACGGAGCCGUGUCCAAGGGACCGGAGAGACUUCAGAGAGGAGCAGUGCUCACAGUUUGAUGGCAAACAUUUCAACAUCAGCGGUUUACCUUCCGUCGUCCGCUGGGUACCUAAAUACAGCGGCAUCCUCAUGAAGGAUCGAUGUAAGCUGUUCUGUCGUGUUGCUGGGACUAUGUCAUACUACCAGCUGCAAGAUCGAGUAGUUGAUGGAACUCCUUGUGGUCCUGACACUUACGACAUCUGCGUUCAAGGCCUUUGCAGGCAAGCGGGUUGUGAUCAUGUUUUGAACUCCAAAGCCAGAAAUGAUAAGUGUGGAGUGUGCGGAGGGGACAACUCUUCCUGUAGGACCGUCGCCGGGACCUUCAACAAUGCACAAUACGGUUAUAAUGUUGUGGUCCGAAUCCCAGCCUUUGCAACCAACAUCGAUAUAAGACAAGUCAGCUACUCAGGGACUCCAGAAGAUGAUAACUACCUCGCGCUUUCCGACAGCCAGUCCAAUUUCCUGCUGAACGGGAACUUUGUCGUGUCAAUGUUUAAAAGGGAAAUCUCCUUCAAAGGAACUCUGAUUGAGUACAGCGGCUCAAACACCACAGAGGAACGAAUUAACUGCACUGAGCGCGUGGAAGUUGAGCUCAUUCUACAGGUGUUGUGUGUGGGGAACCUCUAUAGCCCUGAUGUGCGCUAUUCCUUUAACAUUCCUAUAGAGGAACACCAAGAGCAGUUUGUUUGGGACCCCUCGGGCCCCUGGCAGGAGUGUAGUCGCAUGUGCCAAGGAGAACGCCGGAGAAAACCAGUGUGUGUACGUAAAAGUGAUCGCCUGAUGGUGUCAGAUCAGAGGUGUGAGCAUCUUCCUCGACCGAGAGGAGUUAUGGAGUCUUGUAAUAUAGACUGUGAACUUAGGUGGCACGUGGCGGGUAAGAGUGAGUGCUCCACUAAAUGUGGGCCUGGGUAUCAUACGCUAGAAGUGAUGUGCAUGCGCUACAGCCGAGUGAAGAGAGAAAGUGCGAGAGUGGAAUCUCGAGCGUGUGCAGAUCUGAAUAAACCUCAUAGCCGUGAACUCUGCCACGGAGACUGUAUGCUGAAGAGCUGGCAGUACAGCGCCUGGUCUCAGUGUUCUAAGAGCUGUGGCCGAGGCACUCGCACACGGGAGUCCUACUGCAUGAAUAACCUCGGCCGCAGACUGGCAGAGCGAGAGUGUAGCGAGUACCAGAGGGCCGUCGCUGAGCCCUGUAAUGACACGCCAUGUCCUGACUGGUCCAUCAGCGAGUGGACAGAGUGCACGGUGACGUGUGGGAAGGGAGUGAAGCGCAGACAGGUGUUCUGUGUUUUGGCAGAGGAGCGGCUCAGUGAUGAGCUUUGUGAUACCGAUACCAAACCCCGAGCCAUAGGCAGCUGUGUGCAUUCAGAGUGUGCUGCCUGGCAGGUCGGGGCCUGGAGUACGUGUACUGUGACCUGUGGCCAUGGAUACCAGAUGCGAGCAGUGAGGUGUGUGUCUGGUGUUUAUGGCAAGACCAUGGAUGACCGAGAGUGUAAUGCAGCAUCAAGACCACAAGAUAGCCAGGAAUGUGAUUUGCCUGCUUGUCCUCGUACAUCAUCAGCACUCAGCACUCCACGACCUGCAGCAUCUGGGCACUUACACACCCAGUGGAGAUUCGGGUCCUGGACUACAUGCUCUGUUUCCUGUGGUAAGGGUGAGAGAGCACGUUAUGUCAGUUGCAGAGACUCUCAUGGACGUAUAGCUGAUGAGAUUUACUGCGCCCAUCUUCCUCGACCCCCAGAAACCUCAGUGUGCUUCAGCCCCUGUGGCCAGUGGAGAGAGGGAGAAUGGUCACCUUGUUCUGUGUCAUGUGGUGUGGGUCACGCUAAACGGCAGGUGGUGUGUAUGAACUACAACCAGCAGGUGGAUGAGUCUUUUUGCCACCUGGAUGAGAAGCCCAGCUCAGAGCAGGAGUGUGCCCCAGCUCCGUGUCACUCAGCCUACCAGCUCUUGCCUAAUAACCAGCCCUACUUUCCUCCUGACCCUCGCAGUCAUCCAGGGCACAGUAGCUGGAACGUUCCCUCAACAGACCACCAGUGGAGGACUGGGCCCUGGGGAUCGUGCUCCAGUACAUGUGAUGGGGGUUUCCAGAGGAGAGUGGUGGUGUGUCAGGACUCAGAAGGUCGCAGCACUAAUUACUGUGAUGAGAGAGUCAAACCUAGUGAGUCAAAGAGCUGUGACUCAGGACCGUGUCCUCUAUGGAACUACGGCAUCUGGGGAGAGUGCAGUCUGUCCUGUGGCGGCGGGCAGCGGACUCGGCUAGUAGUGUGCCAGCGUUCGAACGGGCAGAGGCUGAACGAGCACAACUGUGACAUGCUCGACAAACCUCCCGACGUGGAGCGGUGCAACAUGCAGCCGUGCCCCGGCAGCGCUUCCUGGCACAGGAGACCAUGGAAGCCGUGUUCUGUGACUUGUGGCAAGGGGACCAUACAGAGGGAACUGGUCUGUGUUUACCACAACCAGACUAAAACAGGCGAAGAGCACUGCGCACAUCUUCCGCGACCCAAGGCACAGAAGCUUUGCCGGGCAGGACCGUGUCCCAGCUGGAAAACCAACAAGUGGCAAGCGUGCACUGUCUCUUGUGGGGUUGGAGUUCAGAAACGUGACGUGUACUGUAGGUUAAAAGGUAAAGGUCGUGUCGGGGAAGACAUGUGUGAUGCUCGCGUCCGUCCCAGCAGUUUACAGCAGUGUUUAUCCCAUGAGUGCCUUGGAUACAGCUGGUCAGCCAGUGAGUGGCAGGAGUGUAACGUGACAUGUGGACAGGGUAUGAGACACAGGACAGUCCUGUGUGUGGAUGGUUUAAAGGAUCCUGUCUCUGACAGACUGUGUGACCCCUCAAGCAAACCUGAACUUCAUCAGCUAUGCAUCAUCGCCCCCUGUCAGUAUGUUUGGGUAACUGCAACAUGGACACAGUGCUCUGUGAGUUGUGGAGCAGGUCACCAGCAGAGGAUGGUGUCAUGCACUGCAGUACCUUCUGUGCCGGACCUGCAGGUGUUUGGUGCUCAGUCUUAUACCCAGGUUUUGGCUUCUAAGUGCCCACAGCCUCCUCCUCCAAACACCCAACCGUGCCAGCUUCCAGUUUGCCUGCUGCCUGCGUACUGGAAAGCUGGUCCGUGGGGCAAGUGUUCUCAGACAUGUGGUGCCGGAGUGAUGCAGAGGACAGUCGAGUGUCUCAACGAUAAAAAUCUCCCCUCUAAAAACUGCGCGUCGUCCAGUCGACCUCGUUCUCAGGCGUCCUGCAGACUGAGACAUUGUGAAUUGGCUUCCAACUGCAAGGAGCUGCAGAUAAGAGAAGGCGUUAGAAAAGAUGGCGAAUAUCACCUACGAGUUAAAUCGAGAGUUCUCCAGACCUACUGUGCAGAAAUGCAGACCAACUUUCCAAAGGAGUAUGUGACCCUACGCAGUGGCCACACUGACAAUUACUCAGAGGUUUAUGGAUACAGGCUGAAUAACCCCUUCGAGUGUCCGCAUAACGGCAGCAGACGUCAGGACUGUGCUUGCAGAAAUGACUAUCCAGCGGUUGGCUAUACUCUUUUCCACAGGGUGAGACUAGACCUCAGCACCAUGCGAAUAAUCACCACAGACGUGCACUUCUCUAAAACCCUUCUGGGCCACCCUGUUCCCUUUGGCAGUGCCGGGGACUGUUACAGUGCUGCUAGAUGCCCUCAGGGUCAGUUCAGCAUCAAUCUCACUGGGACCGGACUGAAAGUGGCUGAAUUGACUAAGUGGGUUCCUCAAGGCAACUAUGUCUCAAUCAAAGUCCAUCAAUCAGAGGAUGGAACACGGAUCUACGGGCGCUGUGGAGGAUUCUGUGGAAAGUGUCUGCCUCAUCCUCAUACUGGUCUCCUGGUCCAAGUCCAGUGAAAGACUCAAAUCAUGUCUGCAACUGCGCAGAAGAACAUUUUCAUCAGGGUCGUCCAUCAGCAUUGCUGGAAUGUUUGGUGAAAACAAAUGAUCCUGUACUCUAGACAGCAUGACUGCAUGUAAAGAACUAAAGCUCUGUACAUGCAAACAUAUUUUACUUGCAUAUGACCGCCGUGGCCUUAUUCGUCUCUUUAACAGGAAAUGUCCUGUAUUCUGCAGCUCUGGUUAACGAUCAGGACUGUAGUGAGCCACAGGUCAAGCUUUCCUCCAUAAAUGUCAGGAGACAUGUCACGUUAUCUUUCACAAACCUAGAGCCUGUGCUGCGUCAAAACUACAGACAUGUGUCAAGAAUUAUUAACAAUAUAUAACACGCGCAAUAUCAGAUAUAAUACAUACUGUACCGUGUCUUUGGAAAUGACAAUAGCGCGAGUGUCGGGCUGAGAAAAUCUGCUCCUGUGGACGUCUGUUAACGCUGACGUCCGUUUUAGUUUUGUCACAUUUACAACACAGUGAUAAAUAAAACUGUGAUUACAAAUAGGUUAGACAGUUAACGGAGCAGGAACGUUUAAUAUAUUGUACACGCAUUUCCUCCAUGCUAAGUGUUUGUUAUUGUUGUGUAACCUCUGAUGUCUUGUUGCAGGACAAACUCGUCUCGUGCCAACACAAGUAUUUAUUCCUAACCAGGGAAAACUGUAGAAAUGUCAAUCAGUCAGUCAGUAUACAGAAACACUGAUUAAAGUAUCAGGUCAGAAUAAGGGAGAGCUGUCUACGGCUUUGGUAAAAGAAUAGCAUUUGUUAUUUUACUGUAGCUGAACAGUUUUCUUUCACAUUUAUCACAAAAGUAUGCGACAUAACCUUGACUUUUUAACUCAAACAGAAUGCAGUUGAUACGUAAUCCUCCAAAAGGGAUUAUUGGAUGAUUGUGAAUAUAUAUUUGGCUCCAAGGCUUAGCCAGGAGUAAAAAAAAAAAACUGAAAAACUGUCACAUCACUGAAUGAGGGAAGGUAGAUAGUGGUUUUGUUUCAUUAAACAGAUUUUAAGAGACCUGAAAACAGCAAAAAAUAAAUAAAUAAGAAAAUUGUGAAUUAAAUUUAAGGCUCUGAAUGACCAACAAGACGCCUUGUUUCAGAAGUAACUGUACACAGGGGCGGUUCUAGAGGCGGGGCCACAGGGACCCUGGCCCCUGCUGAAAUCUGAUUGGCCCCUAAUUUGCCCCCGUUCCAUCAAUCGUCGACGUGAAGAGCAACCGGAGAAUUUUUCACAACGAUCACGGAUGCAAUUCCACCCCCAAACAAUUGGCGGCACUCGAGCGUUUGAAAAAGGAACGACUGCCGAAAUGUAUUUGCACCGUACUGAAUAAAUUAUUUUGUGUGCUUGAAUGUACCCUGUACUUGGCCCCUGAAUGUAACUUGUGGCCCCUUAAUGGCCCCUGUUACAGAAAAAUCCUAGAACCGCCACUGACUGUGCAUCAGAUUUAUCACUAUUACGUAGCCAAGAAAGUCAGUAAGAAAAAUAAGUGAUAGUAAAGAAGACACCAUCGGUGUGGUCAUAAUGUUCAGAUAGUUUCUUUUCCCUGCCAGUGUAGAUAGCAUUUGAUGUGCUUUGCAAUAUAUAUAUAUAUAUAUACA